CGUAAAGAAUAUCAAUAUUAUGAAUUAUUAUAUGUUCACAAAUUGAGUAUUAGUACAAAAAUUAAAAUUAAUUCAACAUGAUCUAGUUUAUCUAGUAUACUAAUCCAACUAAAGAUCACCUACACAUAAUCAAAAUUGAAUAACAAGAUCAUAAUGACUUCAAUUAUUUUCUUAGGACUUGUCUUUACAAUUUUCCUUCUCUUCUUUCGCAAGUCUAGGAAGGUCAAGCCUAGCAAAAAUCUUCCUCCGGGUGAAACCGGCUGGCCGAUUCUUGGUGAAACCUUAGAUUAUGUCCGACGCCCUGCUGAAUUUAUACGUGAUCGGAUGGUAAGACACUCUCAUGAUGUCUUCCAAACUUCAUUGGCAGGGGAAAAAAUCGCGGUAUUUUGUGGUCCAUUAGGUAACAAGUUCAUAUAUUCAAAUGAAGAUAAAUUUAAGCCUUGGUUACCUCACACCUUUGUGAAAGCUCUCUCUUUGAAAUCAAUUGAUCGCGAUAUCCCAUCACUUAAAUUAUUCGUUGAGCAAUUACUUAACUUCCUUAAGCUCGAGUCCUUGCAACAAUACGUUCAUGUUAUGGAUUCAAAGACACGCGAUCAUGUAGAGAUGUAUUGGGUGCCUUACGACGAAGUAAAGGUUCAAUUUUUAUCUAAAGAGUUCACCUUUGAACUAAUUUGUCUCUUGUCGUUUAACUUCCAUGAGAUAGAUCAAGUGAAGGAAUUAGCUGAACGUUUUAAUACUUUGGUUAAAGGGCUUUUGUCCGUGCCUGUGAAUUUGCCUGGUACGCAAUACAAUCGGGCUAUGAAGGCGUCGAAAGCUGUCCGAGACAAGCUUAUUGAUUUAAUUAGAAAGAAGAAAUUGGCAUUGUUAGAAAAUGGUAUGCACAAUCGCGAUCAAGAGAUUCAAGACGACCUAUUGACUCGAGUGCUAAGGGCUUCGGAUAAAGAAGGCGUGGCUUUUGAAGACGACGAGUUAGCUGGUCUAAUUCUUGGUGUCUUGUUUGCUGGAUUGUAUACUUCAAGCAGUGCAAUCACAUUUGUUAUUAGUCACCUAGCCGAAUAUCCCCAUGUUUAUGCUAGAGUUUUACAAGAACAAUUGGCGAUUGCGAAAUCAAAAAGGAAAGGGGAGCUAUUAACUUGGAAGGAUAUUCAAAAAAUGAAGUACACUUGGAAUGUGGUAUGUGAAUCUAUGAGACUGAUACCACCGGCACCCGGAGGUUUUAGAGAGGCCAUAACUGACCUCUCUUAUGCCGGCUUCACAAUUCCAAAGGGAUGGAAGGUUCACUGGAAUUUUUAUUCAACUCACAAGGAUCCAAAGUAUUUUCCAAACCCGGAAAAGUUUGAGCCUUCAAGAUUUGAAGCCACAAUGCAGCCUAAUACAUUUGUACCCUUUGGAAAAGGGCAACAUAUGUGUUAUGGUAAUGAGUAUGCUCGAAUUAAGAUCCUUGUAUUUUUGCACAACGUUGUAACUCGAUUUAGAUUGUCCAAAGCUAAUCCUGAUGAGAAAUUAAUCUAUACCCCAGAUCCAGUGUCUGCUGAAGGCCUCCGAAUUCGCCUUCUACCUCAUUAGAAUGAUUAGAAUAUAGAGAGCAGAUAUAAUAACACCAGAUCAAGUUAUAGUGUAUGUAUGUUUUUUUAGAUUGUGUCAUGUUGAAGUAAAACCUUCUAAUUGAUAUCAAGGGGCUCAUUUGUGAUAUAUAAUACUGAAAUAGCUAGCUACUUUACUAAAGCUACUUGUGAGAAAGGUCCUUUUAAAUAGAUGUUCUUGUUGUAGAGGUCUUUUAAUAAUAAUAAUAAUAAAAAAAAUAAAAUAAAAUAAAAAGGUGCCACUAAAAGUCUUUUUAUCGCACUUAGGUUGUGGUGAGGGUCAUUUAACCGGAUUCCGACCAUUGACUUUUUUUUAUCUGGCUAAAAAAAAGUCUCGUGUGUUGCACGUGACCACUUAAAAUCCUUUUCCCCUCUUUUCCCAAUU